UCAGACUUCUGGAGAAUGGACCAUUCCAUGAAUGGCACCCUAGCGGAGAAGCACAGCCCCAUAGAUUACGGAGUCCAGAUCAGGUUCAUCAAUGAGCUGAAGGAGCCCAGGAAAUCCCAAAAGGUCCGCCCCAAGGCAGCCAAGCCAGGCUCCUACGGUGUAGCGGUGCGAGUCCAGGGGAUCGACGGUCAACCUUUUGUGGUCCUCAACAGUGGGGAGAAAGGGGGCGACUCCUUUGGGGUACAGAUCAAAGGGGGAAACAAAUAUGAGAGGCCAGCUCAGAGUCGGACUUUUGAGGAGACGUUUCCAGGCUCUCCCAGGGCUGUGUCUUCAUCCAAGGAUCUUUCAGGAUCCAUCAGCUCCGACUCGGAUCUUCCCGAAAACCCAUACGGGGCGAAACCUCCUCGAUACGGCUCUCACUGUAGCACCUCGGAUGAGGAACUAGGCCUACAACGAGGGCCCCAAGCAGAUAGCUUGGACGGGGUUCGCACGUCCCGUAGCAACCUUUCCUCGGCUCCCCACAGCAGCUAUCGCACACUGCCCCACAAAAAAUCCAUGGGGCAGCAGCACCUGCGGCGGACUCAGUCCCACAGCUCUUUGCUCAUCCCCGACCCGAGUGAUCCUCCGGAGCCGAGCCACUCUCCGACGAAUAACUCGGGUUACGUUUCCCGGUCCUCCCCUUCAGGGAUCCCAGAAAGGGGCACUGCUGCACGGGAUCCCUCUCCCCCCAGGAUCCCCAACCUUAGAGAACCCACAUCCACCAGCUUUUCUGGUUUGCGGACGGUCCCCAAGCCCGUGUCCUCAGCGACGGACUCACCAGAGCCGACCCAGCCGGUCCGGACCAACAACGGGGACAUCGACACAAAGCCGCUGUCCUCCGUGGACUCCUUGAUCCACAAAUUUGAUGGAAAGGCCCUGCCGAGGGGCCGAGCCUCCCGCAGGACCCGGGUCUCCCCCGAGAGCCAUCAGCGCUCACGGAGCCUCGACGGAAGGGGCGCUUACCACGAUACGGCUGACGGACGGGAACGAGAGAGCGACGGGCGGCUGGGACAUUUCAAAGAGGCAGCACAACAAUCCUCAGCGACUAAGCCGCUCGUUUCGGUGAACGCCCCGGGCAGUCGGGGAGCCGCUGGUCAAGCGACGACGGAGAAGAAAGUAGAGAAGGCUAAGAUGAUCCAGGAUUGGGUCAACAAGAGCCUGGAGGAGCCCGGGACGGAGAAACAGGCCAGAAAGUCAGUCCAGUCUGAUUUGCAGUUGAAGUCCACCCCGGACCUUCUGAGGGACCAGCAAGAAAUGGCCCAGCCAGGAAGCAGCGAAUACACCAAGGAACUCAUCUACAGCAUCCUGAAGGACAGGAGCGCCGAAAGCGACGCCUCGGCGAAGCGAAAAACCAACCUCAUCUUUGAGAAAAUCCAGGGUCUUGCGCCCCUCGAAAUCCGGCUGCGGGAACUGGAGGAAGAAUGCCAGCGACUCCGGGAAGCUUUUGAGAAGAAGAGCCGGGAGCUCCAGAGCACGGCGAAAGAGUUGAGAGACCUCCGAACGGUCAAGGAGCAGUUGGAAGCCAAGCUGACCGACCUCGAAGACCAGCUGACGGAGAUGCAGAAGGCUCUGGAUCGCUUCCAAGAUCUCCCCUCGGGCAGCCUGGAUCAGGACGCCUUGCUGAAGGAGCUGCUGGAGACCCGCGAAGACCUGGAGGAGAUCUUGGUGGCCAAGCAGAAGCAGGAAGACCAGCUGCGCCAGAGGGAGCGCGAGUUGACCGCUCUGAAGGGGGCCCUGAAGGAGGAGGUGUCCAGCCACGACAAGGAGCUGGAUCGGGUCCGGCAGCAGUACCAGCAGGACAUGGAGCAGUUGCGACGCAACAUGGAGGACGUGUCGCAGGAUCAAGCCAGCCUGGAGGCCGAGAGACAGAAGGUCAACUCUCUGGUGAGGACCCUCCAGACAGAGCUCCGAGAAAGCCAGGAGGAGGCCACUCACUGGAAGGAGACGUCCCAACGAAACAAGGAGGACCUCCGUAGUGUCAAACAAGAGCUGAUGCAGGUCAAGGUGGAACGCGAGGAGUUUGAGGAGGACCUGAAGGAGAGCCGCGAGCGCUUGGCAGCCCUGCGGAAAGAGAUGGACCAGAUCCGGAACCGUUCGACGGACGCCGAGGGGCUCCAUGAGCUAAGAAAGGAGCUCCGUCAGGCUCGGGAAGAGCUGCAGGACAUGGUGGAGGAGAAGGAGGACCAACACAAGGUCCUACGCCUGCGGGAGAGUGAGAUUGUUGACCUGAAGGAAAAGCUCGAAGAUGAGGUUGCUUCCCGUAGCCGGGACCUCGAGGGACUAAACGCGAGGUUCCAAGAGAAGAUGCAGCAGCUCCAGAAAGACCACGAGGAAGCGUUUAAGGCUAAGGCAGCCUUGGAAGGUGAGAGGGAGGCCACUGAGCAGAUGCGGAAACUGGUGGAGUCCACCUUGAAGGAAAGUCAGGAAGAGAACGAUGACCUCCGUCGUAGGAUCUUGGGGCUGGAGACCCAACUCAAGGAAUACUACCAUUUUGCGGACAGCUGGCAAGACGUGGAGACCAGGCUGAAGGAGAAGAUUUUCAAGUUGGAGGCUGACCGCAAGCAGAUGGAAGAGUCCGUGAACAACGCCGUGGAUCAGGAGCAGGACUUGCUGCUGGCCAAAAGGUCCCUGGAGAGCCGGCUGGAGGAGGCCCAGCGUAGCCUCCAUAAACUCACCCUGGAGCACCAGGACCUGAGUACCUCCUACCAGGAGGAGCUGAAGCAGAAGGAGAUACUCAGGAGGGCCAAAAACGAUCUGGAAGAGGAGAAGAGGUUGCUGGAUAGAAGCAUCGUGAAGCUGACCAAGGAGCUGAAGCAGAUGGCCGAAGAGUCUCACCAGGCCCUCUCGGACUUGCAGUCCCAGCUGGAGGACUACAAGGAGAAGUCGCGCAAGGAGAUCAGCGAUUCCCACAAACAGGCGAAGGACCGGAACGUGGAAGUGGAGAAGAUGCAGUAUGAAUUGGGGAGAUCCCAAGACGAGCUGCUGCGUCUCCGGCAGGCCCUGCAGGACAGCCAGGCCGAGCGAGACAACGCCCUCCUGGACAAGGAGCUCCUGGCCCAGCGACUCCGCAACCUGGAGCAGGAGAUGGAGACCAAGCGGCGAUCCCAGGACGAUCGAUCCCGGCAGGUCAAAGCCUUGGAGGAUAAAGCCAAGCGCCUGGAAGUGGAGCUGGAUGAGGAACACAAUUCGGUGGAGCUUUUGACCGAGAGGAUCAACCGAUCCAGAGAUCAGAUCGACCAACUACGAGCUGAGUUGCUGCAGGAGCGAUCCGCCCGCCAAGAUCUGGAGUGCGAUAAAGUUGCUUUGGAAAGACAGAACAAGGACCUCAAAAGCCGGCUGACCAGCAACGAAGGUCUGCAGAAACCCAGCGUCAACGUCUCCCAGCUGGAGUCGCGGAUCCAGGACCUCCAGGAGAAGCUGCUGAUGGAAGAGAGGGAGAAGACUGUCCUACUCUCCUCCAAUCGGAAGCUGGAGAGGAAAGUGAAGGAGCUGAGCAUGCAGAUUGACGAGGAGAGGCAGCAGGUCAACGACCAGAAGGACCAGCUGAGCCUACGGGUCAAGGCGCUGAAGCGGCAGGUAGACGAGGCCGAGGAGGAGAUCGAGCGGCUGGAGGCGGCCCGCAAGAAGGCCCUGAGGGAGCUGGAGGAGCAGCACGAGAACAGCGAGCAGCUCCAGAGCCGCGUCAAAGCCCUGGAGAAGGACCUCUGGCGCAAGGCGGCACGCUCGACAGCCGAGUCCUCUCUCCGGGAUGACCAGCUGAGUUCAGAUGAAGAUUUGGACAGCGCUUACGGCCCGUCCUCCAUCGCGUCGCUGCUGACGGAAGGAAACCUCCAGACCAGCUCCUGUUAAGGCCCUCUGUGGGGUUGGUUUGGAUGCUCUCUAAGGAUCCCCCAGGAACUUUGCAAAGCCCACGGUGGGGUGGGAUCCCUGCCCCAGAGGGGGAAGGUUUCUCCCCAGUGGGGGCUCCAAAGCAACCGACCCCUUGAUUUAAAAAAAAACCAGAACGAAGGGAAGAUUUUUUAUUUUCGGUCGCGACGGGAAGGAAAAACAGAGCUGCAAGUCUCUAAACGAAAAACUGAGUGUUAUUUAGGUGGUUUUUUUUAAUCUGGUUCUCAGGGCAUUGACGAGUGAUUAAAUAACAGAGCCUCCUUUUAAAUAUAUACAUAUAUAUAUAUAUAUAUAUGUUUUGUAUAUAGGGCCUAUAAAUGUACGUGCAUCGGGUUGCAUGGAGACGGAGACGGGCGUGCGCUAAUAUUGCAGAACAAUCCAGAACGGUGAAAAUGGCGUUGCAUGGAAUUGAAACGACAGGGGUCUUUCUUCCCCCUGGCCUGUUUGAGUCCCUCUGGAAGAAAUAUUUGCAAGUUUCCCCAACUGUCCUUUUCCUGCACUGGCUCGGCUUGUGUUCCUCCCCCAGAAGUCUCAACCAGAGGUGGCCUUCCAGAUGUGUCUGAAUCCCAAAUCUCCUUCAGACCCGCUGGCUGGAUAAUCUAGUGGCAGGGAGUUCCACGGGAUCUGGAAGACAGCUGCCCCCUCUCCUGACUUUUUCCUGCUCUGUUUUUCUCUUGCCUUCGUUCAAAGGAGUGCCUUUCCGACCUUC